UUCAGUUGAACCAUUCUUAUUUCUCCUUCUUAACUAUACUCUAAAUCUUUCUUCUUUUCUCAACAAUUUUUCCCUUUAGUUUGAAAAGUUUCCAUCUAAUAAUUAAUGGUUUGAUCUUUUCUUGUAUGCAUUUGAAAAUAUUUCAAACCUGCAGCUACAAUUGGAAAAUGAUAGUAGUAGAUAUUCAAGAAUUUCUCAUGCGUUUCUCACUAGUUUCUCUCGUUCUAUAUUUCCUUCGUAGGCUUAGGAAAACCCUUCGCAUGGCUAUUGUUUCCCCACCAACCCCAUCUCCUUCUCCUUCUCCUUCUCCUUCUUCUCCUCCUUCUCCAUCUUCCCUCCCGUGGUUCGGUCGAUGGCUUCUUUUAGAAAAGGAAAAACCCUUUUCGAAGCUAGAAAAAUCAAAAAAAACAAGAAUUAACGAUCCCACGGAUGAGAAUUUCCUCAAGAAUGAUUCGCCGAUCUCCAAUAAGGAUCAAAAUGUGGAUGGAUUAAUUGGUGGUGGUCUGAUGAUGGAAAUACCGUCUUUUUCGGGUAUUAAUGAAGCUAGGAGAUCUAUAAAUUCAAGAAAGAGACCUGCAAAGCUUAUGGUACCAUCAUUUGUUCCUUCUUUGGAUUUUGGUGAGGUUGGAAAGAAAUUUGAGAAGACAGAAUUUGAGAUUGAAGGAAGAAAUUAUUCGGUUGCUUGUAGAAAAGGAAGAAGAGAAGUCAUGGAAGAUGGCCAAGGUGCCAUGCUUGAUAUCUUACGUGACCAUAAUCAAGCAUUUUUUGUUGUGAUUGACGGACAUGGAGGCAAAGCUGCAGCAGAAUUCGUAGCUGAAAAUCUAGGGAAAAACAUAGUAAAAGAAUUAGAACGUGUUGAAAAGAAGGAAGGAAAGUACAUAGAAGUUGCCAUACGCGAAGGUUACUUGUUCACAGACCAAGAAUUUAUUAAUCUGGGUCAAAAUGGUGGAGCUUGUGUAGCUAGUGCACUGUUGAAGAAUGGAGAACUCCAUGUAGCAAACGUGGGAGAUUGUAGAGCAGUUUUGAGUAGGAAUGGAGGAGUAGCUGUUAGACUAACAAAUGAUCAUCGUCUCACUAGGGAAGAUGAACGUGCCCGAGUCGAAAAUGCAGGUGGAUUUGUGUAUUGUCACAAUGGAGUUUGGAGGGUGAAUGGAUCACUUGCAGUUUCAAGGGCAUUUGGAGACAAUUACUUAAAGGAAUGGAUCAUUUCUGAGCCAGAUGUUGUGAAGCUUCCUUUAACUUCUGAUUGUGAAUUUCUCAUCAUGGCUUCUGAUGGCUUGUGGGAUAAGGUAAGUGACCAAGAAGCAGUAGAUGUGGUAGCAAAAGAAAAGAGUUCGAUAUUGGCUUGUAAGAAACUUGUAGAUAUAUCUGCAAGAAGAGGAAACCUUGAUGACAUAACAGUCAUGAUCAUCAAUCUUCAAAGCUUUGUAGGCAGUAAUUAAGAUUUAAUCAACUUAGUCUAAGCAGCCUAAUGUUUAAUUUUAUAGGAUAUUAGCCCAAAAAGGCUUCUCCAUCAUCCUUGUGUAAAUAGAUUAUAGAGUGUCCUUUAUAUCACAAAUAAAAGAAGGAAACAGGGAUGGUAAGCAGAAAGUAGCCUCAGAUUAUUGCCACUAAUUAAGUAAGAAUUAGUUUCUUAAAUUUAUGUGUAAUGAAGCAUUUAGCUAGGAUAUACAGGAAUCCAAUUUUUAUAUUCACU